AUGAAAUGGGGGAAUCAAACACAGAUAUUUAUCCUAAUAGGUUUUCCGGGAGGCCUUGGGAUACAGAUGACAUUGUUUAUUCUUUUCUUGAUCAUGUAUGCACUGACAGUAACAGAGAAUGUGAUGAUCAUUGUUUUAAUCCAUGCAAACAUCAAGCUUCAUAAGCCUAUGUACCUCUUCCUGGAUAAUCUUUCUUUCCUGGAGAUUUGGUAUGUCUCUGUCACUGUCCCCAAGAUGCUUGCUGGCUUUUUGACAGAGAAGAGGGAUAUCACUUUCCCCAGUUGCAUGGCUCAGCUGUAUUUCUUCCUGGCUUUGGCAUGCACUGAGUGUGUCCUCUUAACUCUUAUGGCAUAUGACCUCUAUGUUGCCAUCUGCAGCCCAUUGCGCUACCCAGCCAUUAUGAACCAAGACCUCUGCAUCCACUUAGCAGCUGCUUCUUGGAUGUGUGGCUUUUUCAUAGCAAUGGCAAAGGUCUUCUUCAUCUCUCACCUCAGCUACUGUGGACCUAACAUCAUCAACCACUUCUUCUGUGAUGUCUCCCCACUUCUCAACUUAGCCUGCACUGAUAUGUCACUGGCAGAACUCAUGGACUUCCUGUUGGCCUUCCUCAUUCUCCUUGUCCCACUCUCUGUGAUGAUUGCAUCUUAUAUCUGCAUCAUCUCUACAGUCCUGCAUAUCCCUUCAGCCAAAGGGAAGCAAAAGGCCUUUUCCACUUGUGCCUCAGACCUUCUAGUAGUCACCAUUUUCUAUGCUGCCUCCCUUUUCAUCUAUGCCCGGCCCAAGGCCCUUUCUUCCUUUGACUCCUACAAGCUGGUGUCUGUUGUCUACACUGUGUUAACACCUUUUCUCAACCCCAUCUUCUACUGCCUGAGAAAUAAGGAAUUCAAGAAUGCCCUGAGC